AUGGGUGUGAAGCUGCUUGAGUCCAGACUUUGUCUCCUGACGCUGCUGGGACUUGUCCUAAUGCUUGACAAGGCCUCAUUCCAGAUCCCACCGUAUUUAACCCCGUCCCAGUGGUUUGAAAUCCAGCAUGUAAUUAUGACCAGCCCCCGAUGUACUGCUGCAAUGAGGAGUGUUAACCGGCAUACAGGACGAUGCAAGAACUUGAACAGUUUUCUUCAUACAAGCUUUGCCGCUGUUGUUGGUGUGUGUGGCCGUAUGAAUACCACUUGUCGUAAUGGUCUUACCAAUUGUCAUAAUAGUUCAACACAGGUAUCCUUAACGUUCUGUAACCUCACAGCUCCAGGAGUAAAUUAUACACAAUGCCAAUACCAAACGACACAGGCAAGGAAGUUCUACAGAGUGGCUUGUGACUAUAGAACUCCACAGGACAAUCGUACCUAUCCAGUGGUUCCGGUUCACUUGGAUUGGAUAUUUUAGCUCCUGUACCAGCAUUUGUGUCUUUGCUCUGUAUCUGCUAGUUCCACGGCCGUAGUAGUGAAGAUCCAAUUCCUCUGUCUGCACUGCCAUGAGCACCUGUCCUUGUGAAGCCUGUCCCUGACUCCCUUCAAAUGUAGCUGAACAGA